AUGUUCUUUGCUAUGCAGAUUUUCUUGUUGGACAACCUUGAUCUCGGCAUUUUAAACAAGCCUCAUAAUGUGCUCCCAAGGAUAUCUGACUUCGACCCAGAGUCAUUUCGUAAAAUGUUGAUUAUGGCUGCCGAUCCAGUGAAAGGAGCUACGUCAUAUUCUCAUGCAAAUCUGAGAGAUGCGUCGACGGUCUGCUACAUACGGCAGAAGUUUCCCUCAUCUGUUCCGUCGUCAACAACUAGUAGAAGGCUGCCGAGGGGAUGUGCCACGCCUGCAAUAGGAAACCUUCAAUUCACAACUCCCCUACCACAUUGCGAUGCUGGUCAUCAGGUUAACACUGACGGAGCAAUGCCAUCUGCUGCAGCUCCUGGUCCAUUGGAUUUCGCAAAGUACUUACGUGAGAAGUACCCACAGCUUGUAGCAGACGAGAUCACAAUGAUUAUAAAACAGCAGUACGCAAGGGGCCUUAUGCAGUUGACACAAGCCAGCAAUUCUAUCCAGCAGGCCUUGUUACAAGCAAGAAAUGGUUUGCAACUGGAUAUGUACAAGUUUUCAGACCAAGUAAUCAACUCAGUGUCUACCCGCUGUGUAUGUUGUCGUGUGUGUGGUUUCACUGGUUGCCCUGCCUCAGGCACUGCUAAUUCCAAAUCGGUACGUUUUACCACGUCGGUGGCUCACAAAAUUCAGGGGAAAAGGCUAGAAUUAUCUGAAUCCGAAGCUACUUCGCCCGCAGCACAAAAUGUUUCGUCGCGCAAGAGAUCCGCUAAUAUGGAGGACUCCGUAUCUAGCAGCAAAAAAACCACGUUAGCGGCAUCUUGCAAUGUCCUCAAUCACUUCAAGUCUUGCCUCAUGUCCCUCGCUGAAAUGUAUGCUGACCUUCCUGCCAACACCCCUAUAACUGUAUUUGGCCAAUGUUCCAAGAACCUUGAGAAGAGGAAAUACAUAUUCCAGCACGGGUUCGCAACUGAUCCGUGGUGCAGGGGAGUUGCGCCGCAUCCCCCACAUCCACCAACCACGGACCUUAUUGCACCUCAUUUCUUGGAGCUGUCACAUCAAGAUCUGCGGAGGCACUACAUUGUACACGCCAGUCCUAGGCUUAUCCACAUUACUGGGAUGGCUAUGCUUGAUCAGCUAAUUGGGUCGCGCCCCCUUCAGCACGAGCUUGCCUCUAUAAUCAUGAGAAGGUAUUCUCAGUCUGAUCAGGAAGCCAAUUCGGAGUGCCCCUACAUGAAUUGGAGGCACAAUAUCGAACCUGAAUUUGCGACCAUCGUUCUUGCCGACCAAGAAUACUUGACAAACAUCUCAAUUCAGAAGCAGCUUGUUGGAAACGACAUCCCAUAUGACAUUACAUCAUGCCAGAUGUUCUUCCUGCCUGUCCCCCUCGAGGACGACUGGAUAGUGAUCAUGUGGGACAUGAUGUCAAGGAAGCUCCAUGUACUUGACCCGCUCAUCAGGGGAGAAGGUCCGCAUGACGCAACGAGAGAUAAGCAUGAGAUGAUUGCCUGGAAGCUACAUCAUGCACUUUUCCAAUGCCUUAACGAGUAUUAUGCUGGGUGGCCAACGCAAGACGGACAAUGGUCAACCAAAUACCCCGUAAUAGCUGAAGAAACAUUCUGCAGGCAAGCUUGUUUCUGCUGUUCCUAA